AUGGACGUCUUUCCGCCCAUCCAUCAGCUUCCGCCUUCCGCCGCCACUGCUCCCGCUUCCGCCUCCGCUUCCGCAUCCGGUUCUGCCUCCUCUUCCGCUUCCGCGCCUUCAAUUUCCUCUUCUGGUUCCGCUACUUCCGCAACCCCGUACUCGUCGCUAUCCCCCGCCUUGCUCCGCCUCCCCCCGUCCUUCUGCUCCGCGUUAUCCAUCCGCAAGUCCUCGUUCAUCCCCACGCUCAUCGCAGCGCUCCUCUUAACUCUCGCCGCGUCUCGCUUCGUCUCGCUCCCCGUCGCGUCCCGCGUGCCGUCCUCCCGCGCCGCGCAUGUCGACGCGGAUGCAUUGGCGGAAGCCGGCCACUUGGCAGAGGGACCCGCGGAACGGUGGGGGCAGGGGGAGCGCGGGAAGACCAGGGCGCAAGAAGGGCAGUUGGUAGGGGCAAAUGGGGAAGGAGCGGAAAGUCCAAGGCCGUAUGCGGAAAGAGCGAAGAGUCCAGGGGUGGAAAGGCCAGGGGUGUAUGGGGAAGGUUCUGCUGGUGAGUGGAAGCACGGCAGUGGCGCGUUGAAUGAGUCUGCAGGCACGCUGGGCACGGGAAGCAUGGAAGCGGAAGGUAUGACUGAGGGGAGGAAUGAGGGGAGGAAAGAGGGGGGGCGCGGGCGAGAGGAGGAGAUGGAUAAUGAAGGCAAUUUGAGUGCGGCUGGUUUGGGAGGGCAGGGCGACGGGCCGGAAGACGAUGGGGAUUUCAGUGGCGCUAUUGCAGUGGACGGGAGGUGCUUGGUGUGCGAGCAGUUAGCGAGGUCGCCUUGUAUCGAGGAUGCGCCGCAGGUGAGGUGGUUACCAGGUAGCAGUAACGAGGGCGAAGGCGCGGACGAGGGGGAUGUCGUUGUUUAUCAAGAAGCUGAUUCUGCUGCUGCGACCCAGCAUAUGGAUAGCAGCAGCAGCAGAUCCAGAAAGGGGAGGAUGGGGCAAGAGGUGCAAGGGCAGGAUCAUGGACCUGGUGAGAGAACACAGCAGUAUCAGCAGCACUCAAGGCAGCGGCUGCAAGAGCAACAGCAGGACGAGCAGCGGAAACAGACUCACCAGACGCAGAAGCAGAAGCAGAAGCAGGAGCAGGAGCAGGAGCAGGAGCAGGAGCAGGAGCAGGAGCAGGAGCAGGAGCAGGAGCAGGAGCAGGAGCAGGAGCAGGAGGAGCAAUCAUCACAACACCACUCCCAGCAAAAGCACGUAUUUGUCCCAACCACACCCGUCUCCCUCUCAUCCCCUCCGUCCGCUGCCGCCCCUCCGCCGCUCCCACUAACAUGCCCGAACAUUGUGAUCCUGGGAUCGGGCCUGUGGCACAUGCUAUGGGUCACGGACCCACCUCACUUUGCAGCAGAGCUUGCUGUUCUCCGCUCAACCAUGCUGCGCUUGCUCAGAUCGCCCCGUUGCUCUGCGUCUCCGGCUAUCACUGGUGAUGAUGUUGAAGAGGGUGAUGGUGGUGCUGCUGCUGGUGCUGGUGCUGCUGCUGCUGCUGCUGCUGCUGCUGAUGAUGAUGAUGAUGAUUAUGGUGUGGGUGAGGGAAGUGUAAAGGCAGGAGGAGAGAGUGUGGACCAAGUUGCAGUGGCUGUGGUGGAGGGAAUGAGGAGAGCUGCUGCCAAGGAAGGGAGUGGGGGAGGUGGAGAGGUGGAUAAGAGGGCGGUGGAGGAGGGAGAGGGGGAGGAGGAGGAGGAGCAGGAGCAGGAAGAGGAGGAGGGAGGUAGAGAAGAGGGUGUUGGGGUGAAGAGGAGAAAGGGGUUGGAGAGGUGGGGUAGUCAGGGCGGAAAGCUGGGUGAAGGGAGAAUGAGCGGAAAUUUCCGGAAAGGGGUAGGAGCAAGGCGGAGGGUUCAGGAGGAGGGUGCAUCAGGGGUUGCGGAGGAUGCAAGAAGAGGAGGUGAGGGCGCAGGGGGUGCUGAGGGCGAGGAGACUAGAUUAGGGGCUGAGGAGGCAAGGAAGCACGAGGUAGAGGAGCUGGCGGAUGGACCUUCAGAGGAAAAUGGUUAUGGAGAAGAGAGAGCUACGGGAUCUGAUGCAGAGGGGGAUGAGGAUGAGGAGAAGCAAGGAGGAGAGAGCAGAAACGAAGGGGUGGGGCCUGGGGAGGCGAGUGGAAGAGUGGGAGAGAGGAAACGUGAAGGUGAGGGAUUGGGGGUGACAGGGGGAGAUGGAAAGGGAGAGGUUGAGAUGGUGGAGAUGGAAGAGGGUGUGGGGGUGGGAGAGGAGGAGGAGCAGGAGGAGGUGAUUGGAGGGAAGGUGUUGGGAACAGGACCUACAAAUGGGGAAGAACGGACGGUGGGAGGUGAUGGGUUGGAGGGAGGAGAAUUGAAGGGAUUGCGAGUUGAUAAACCGGACGGGUUUGAGGGGGAGGGAGAGGGGGAGAGAGUGGGAGGGGGAGUGGGAGAGGUGAUGGACGAGAGAGUAGUCAAGGGUGACGGAAAGGGACUGUGGAGUGAAGAGGGGGAGCAAGAGAAGGAGCAAGGGGAGGAGCAAGAGGAGCAACAAACAGAGGAAGGAAAAGCAGGGGACAGUGGAAAAGAGCACAAGGGGAGGGUAAGGGAGAGUGAGGACACGGACAGUGAGGAAGAGAAGGAGGUAAAGGAUGUAGAGGAGGAGGAGAAGGAGGAGAAGGAGAAGGAUGAGGGGGAGGAGGAAGAGGUGGGGGAGGAGGAGGAGGAGGAGGAUACGGUGGUGGCUCGUGGAGCACCAGUCAUGCAGCCGCUCUUCUUCUGGCUGGGACUGCCAGAGCUUAUUCAGUCACGGCUGAACACGGAGAGGAAGAGGGAGAAGAUGUCGCCCCGCAUGGUGAACCUGUAUGAUGCCGUGGUGCGGCGGAGUGGGCUUCUGGUGGAGGGAGCGCAUGGGAAGGUGGGGGGCAGUGUGGAGGGAGGAGAGAGGGGGAGGGAGGAGGGGGGAGAGGAGGGGGAUGAGGAGGGGGACGAGCAGGGGAGUGAGGUUGAGGGCGAGGGAGAGAGGGAAGGGGGGGGUGGGAGCAGUGGGGCUAGGGAUGGUGGAGCAGGGAGAGGAGGGGAUGGGAGGGGAGGAAAGGCAGGCGGAGGGAAUGGGAGGGAAAGGGAGGAGUCGCAUCAGGUGGUGGAGCUGGGUCCCUGCGUGUUGCUGCCACUGGGGGAGCUGAGUAAGGGGUGUGGCGAGACGUGCACCCCGGAUGGCAUGCAUUACAAUGAUGAUACAUAUGCUGCUGCUGUGCAGAUCAUGCUCAACCACGCUGCUCGCUUGCUGUAA